AUGUUUCUUACUCUCAGCUUCUUCAGCUUCACUGGCACGGCUUCUGGCGAUGAGCAGGAAAUUAAGAUGGAUCUGAGGAUUGGGAGAAAGUGGACGAUCAGCAGCACUUUAGUAGUCACAGCUGCCCUGGGGCAGUUACUCAAACUCCAGACUCUUGGAGGUGAAGUGGCUCUCCCGUGCGAGCCCGUGGCUUCAUCAGACCAGAGAGCAGAGGACUGUUGUGGGUUAUGA